CAGGAUGUUGGCGAUGUUCGUUGUAAAGUUUGUUUGAACAAUAUGUUUUCGUGUCUCAUGUCAUAUGGUAACAUAUCGUGCUCAUGAGCGAUAUUCAACGUAGACAGUAAUAUGAAGUGAUGUUAUUGACGGGUAUCCGUAGCAUGUGUUCAGAAUAGUAUUUAAGACAAUUGUUCGUGUCUUUCAUUAUCAGUGUUUGAUGGGAAUGAGCCAACGUUCUUCCGAACAUCAUGCACUUAUUUAACAAGCGACGUUUAGUAUUCUGGAUAUGUAUCGUAACUGUUGGAAGUUUAUGGGUACAUAUAUAUGGCAACGGACUGUUUCAAAGUAAGAGAUUAUUACAUCAGAAUAAAACAUCACAUGGUAUAAAUGAAGACAAACACGCAUCUCGUAGCACGGAAACACAAAUAACAUCUCCAAAAUUGCUUGUUGAUGACCACUUGACGUUGAAGCAUCCGAUUGACUCCAUUCUGAACGCCCAUUUCUUGGACGAUUUGCCAUGUGAAGUUGGGUUUCAACAAGAGUACGAGGUUGAUUUUCCAACAGAGAAAACUGCAUCGCCGAAAAUUCCACACGUCAUUCACCAAAUAUGGAUCACUACAUCAGAAAACAUGACUACGUCUUCGCAACAGAUGGUACCCGCUCAAUUUAUAGACAAUAUGAAAACGUUUAGAAAGUUUAAUCCUUCCUGGGAAUAUAUGUUUUGGUCCUAUGCAAAUGGAAGAUCGUUGGUAGAGCGAUUUUAUCCAAACGUGCUUGAUUAUUUUGACAAGGCACCAGAAUCAGUUACAAAGUCAGACCUUUUGCGGUAUGUUGUAGUACAUAAAUAUGGUGGACUUUACGCAGACCUUGAUUCGACCUGCCAUCGAUCACUAGAUCGCGUAACAAUGAAAUAUUCUUGUAUAUUAGUACCAGCGCCAUUUGAAAACGCUGCCAUCUUUGUAAAGUGGCCGUAUCAUAUAUGUAACGCAAUAUUUUUCUGUCGACCACAUCACGAUUAUUUUGGAUUUCUUAUCGACAGAAUCUCCGAAAUGUCAACGAUGUCUUCCAUACCGACAUUUAGUCUUGGUCCACAUUUCUUUACUUCAAUCUAUCGCCAGUACCAGAAUAUCAGCAGAGAAGAUAUCUACAAAGUGAAUGUGACAGCUAAUUUCACUUCGCCUUAUUUUUAUAAAGGGCAUAUAUCAGAACUCUUAAGUAACGGAUUAUACAUUCCUAACACUAGAUUUUUCCUCGACCAACCGCACCCGUUUCUUAAAGGAAGACUCGCCAAGGACUGUAAAAAUAACCAAAAUAAUAGCCUACUUCUACAGCGCGUGUGUUGUGUUCUUCAGCUAAGGGGAUUUGAACGCCAACCUGGAAGAUAUACCUUUAUUUCGCAUGCGUACAGUUUUUCUUUUGCAGGUUUUAACAAGAAAAAAUAUACAAACUAUGUCUCGGUUAUUAAUGUUAUAGAUUAAGGGAAAGGUAUUUAUUUUAUGAUUUACGGUGGCUUAUAGGUAUUCUUUUUAUUAUGAAACUCCAUGAUCACACAGUUUUAAACCUUUCAUUUAUAAGGCAGACUCUGUGUGAUGCUCGUAGUUUCAAACAAUGACUGCAUCGUAUCUUUGAAAUGUUUUUGCAUUAUGAGCUCUGAAUUUAUUCCUCCGUCUGCAGAAAGAGUUUGGAUCCCUUAUCAUUGCAGUACUUGGGGUUUACCUAUAAGUUUGUUAUUAUUUGUUUUAUUAUCAAGUUUCCUCAAGUUUAUGCAUGCUUUGAUAAAAUUUACCUUUAACGUUUCUUCUUUAUUUAGGAUUGUUUGGAUAAGAGUUAGUAUGUGCACGUAAACUGGUUUAAACCCCCAGUAAAUUUACAUUUUACUGACCGUUCCAAGGCGUUACCUUUUAAUCCUCAAUAAACAUACCGUGUUUUAUAUAUAUUAUAUAUGCACUUUGCUGUUUGUGGAGUUUAGUGCUGUUCUUCCAUGUUUCUUGUUUGUGAUUUUUUUUGUUUUGUGUUCUAUGUCUUAAGCAUUUACCAAGUGACAUUAAACCGGGUUUAUGUUUAAACGUUUUGCUAAUGUGCUUGUUUCUGUAGUUUUUCACAUAAGUAUAUAAACGUGAAAUUAAUUUAGUUUUAAGACAGAGACAUCCAUUUUGAAUCAGUGAAUCCAUUUUGAUAUUUCACUGUUUUUUUCGGGAUUUGACUUCCUUAAUUUAACUACAAUUGUAGUUGGUGGUUACGAUAGUUAAUAGAAAACAUAUGUUACCUGCUUUGAGUAGAAAAUAUAUACAGUUAUAUAUAUGUUUUGUAGGCCUAUGAUACGAACAAUGGAAUACAAAUUGUUAGUUGUCGAGAUUUGAUUUUCAAUAAUCAUCAUUACAGUUGAAAUGAAUCACAUGCUUUUAUGUUAUUUUCAGUAUAAUCUGCAAACCCACCACUCAUAUUUUCUUAAUGUAGACGAGAAACGAGAAAAUCUCACCUUAACCCAUAAGCCGACCUUUUCUUAUUAGCUGCGAUAAUGGUCAUACCUUCCGAUAGACCUCGUUCAUGGGUAAAUGGCAUGAUCAAUCCGUCGAAGAAACCUAGCUGCCCGAAACACGCAAAUGGAUAUCAUUAACAGCAUCAACAAUUAAUGCAAAUUAAUUGCAUCAGCAAAGCAAACAAACUUUUUAAUCACAGGAAAAAAGCUAUUUGCAUACGUCUCUCAGUUCAAUAACUCUCCAUCCCACAAAUACCAAAGAAUCCGUAUGAUUUCCGAAGGCAGUGACAGUUACAUCUAAAAAAAAUCUACAAUUAUAAUCAGCAGACACUUUGAUUAAUUGAUGUUUAAGUAUAAAGCCUUUUGUCAACAUAUGCUACAGGUCCAUCUGUGACUAACUUAAUGAAAUAUUGAUGUAUGUAUUCAUACGCAAUCCAAUAGUCUUUGAAUCUUUGUGAGCAAUUACAAAAACAGUUUUUUGUAAAAAGAGUUUGAUAUGUUUAUGUUAAUUGUUUGUAAA